CCAACUCGGCAAUCUAUAUAUAUAUCGGCCCACUCCUCUCUCUCUUUCCCAUCCAUACAUCGAAAACACAGAAACUACUUCCAUUUCUAUUGUCAUGGCAUCCACCGAUAAGCCGUCCACUCAUGAUUCGGCCAAGACGGUCCCCGAAUCACAGCCGUCCGUUCAUCAUCCAUCUAUCAAUCUGUUCAUGAUUGAUCUUUCACUGAGGCUCCUAUUGUUCGCAUCAACGGUUACGGCUAUCGUGGUGAUGGUCACCAGCAAGCAGACCGAGAUGGUCAUCGUCUCACCGCUCAUACGUGUUCCGGUGGCGCGGGCUGCCAAGUUCAAUCACUCGCCAGCGUUCAUAUACUUCGUGGCUGCACUUAGCAUCGCUUGUUUGUAUAGUAUACUCACCCUCAUGGCGUCUUUUGCUUCCGUCUCGAAGCGGUCUCCUUCAAAUAAGUUGUUGUUUCUACUGGCAAUUAAGGACGCGCUAAUGGCGGCAUUGGUGGCUUCAGCCACCGGCACGGCUGGUGGAGUUGCUUACAUCGGGAUGAAGGGCAACAAGCAUGUAGGGUGGACGAAAAUCUGUGGCGUCUACGACAAGUUCUGCCGACACAUUGGAAGUUCAAUUGCUCUUGCUGUUCUUGCCUCAACUGUUCUUGUCUUGCUUGUAAUGGUGUCGACUUACUCGCUUUACCGCCGCAGUCGGUGAAUACACACCAUUAGUGCUGAUAGUGUGUUAGUGUGAAUCCAAAGUAGCACAUGUUAGUUUCAAUAGGAUGGGUGUGACUUGUAGGCUGUGAAUGGAUUGUUGUUGUGGUGGGGGCCCCUCGUCUUAUCGGGCCGCAGAAUGUGCAUUGUGAUAUGCUGACCAUCCUCGCUCUUACGUGUGUAUUAUUUGUGUCUAUGUGUGAUUAUGUGUGUAGAUUAUCAAGUUUCUUGUUCUUUGAUAUGUAUUCCUUUGUUUAUGUUGA